CGGUCGAUAUUUAUUGACAGUGUUGAGCAAUACGAGCUUCGUAUUCGUAUGGUUUUUUUUUUAUUAUAUUGUUAUACAUAUGUAAAUUUGUGUUACCUCAUAUUCAAUUUUUCUUAAAAUUAAUUAAUUAAAUUAAAAAUGUGUGAUGAAUCCGCGUUGAACAUAAAAUUUGUAGAAUACGUCGAACAGUAUCCAUGUAUUUAUGAUUUCACUCGGGAUGAUCACAGUAAAAGAAACGCGACUGAAAAGGCGUGGAAUGCAAUUGGAAAAGAAUUUAAAUUAUCAGAAGUACAAUGCAAGGAGAAAUGGAAAAAUCUACGAACAGCUUUUGCACGAAGCAUGAAAAAACCCCCGUCAGGAAGUGCUGCCAAUAACAAAAGAUCUAAAGACUAUUAUUUGAAAGAUGUCAUGCAGUUUAUUCUUCCGUUCAUGAAGGUUAAGUCUCAAAGUAGCAAUUUAAAAGAUACCGAAGAUAAGGACGAGCAAAAUAGUGACACUGAUAUUGUAGAUACAGAUAUUAAUCAAGACAAUAGCGAUGUAUCUUUACACGAUGAAACACAAUCUACAUCAAAAGAAAGUUAUAAAAAAAGGAAUCUAGAUGUGUCACAAGAUAAAUUUAAUGCUCCGAAUACUAUAAAAAAACGCGCAUUACAUAAUAUGAAAACAUCGACGGAUGAGGUUGAUAAGUGCGUCAUUGAUUAUAUUACUUCAAAAAAAGAUUCUCAGACAAACAAAAAUAAUAGCGAUCUUGAUUUUUUCAAAAGCUUAUUACCUGAUAUAUCUAAAAUGACAGAUUAUCAAAAAAGACAGUUUAAGAGAAGAACACUUGAUACUAUAGAUUCAAUUUUGGACGAUUCGCCAACACAGAACACUAUUUCAUAUGUUCAACGACCUUUAUCCAGCUAUUCCGGAAGUUCAUAUUCAGCACUGAGUCCUGAGCCAUCCGUGGGGACGGUCGGAUUUCAACAGUUGGGAAAUUUUCAGUCAGAAGACUACGAACGAAUUAAUAAUAAUCCGACAACAGUACAAAAUUACCUCCAUACAUUUACUGAAUAGUAUGAUAUAUUAUUUAAAUAAAAAUAAAUAUUAAAAUUUAACAUUA